AUGAGAGUGUGGACGAGACUCAAGAUGAUCCAGGGGACUGCUGCUCUCCUCACUGUUUACUUCCUAUUAACGCCUAACUCUUUUAGGGUACUAAGAUAUGACCCAGCGGCACUCCAGUCCUCGGUCACCGAGAUCAAGGAACAGGCAGACGCACACAACGACUACCUCACCUGCCCAGCACCCAGGGCUAGACGACCCCACGACCUCCUGCUGCUAGACGACAUCUUCAGCUUGGCUCAGCAGAACCCAGAGGCUGUGGUAUGGUACGUGAUGAGAGCUGGAGUGCUGAAUACCAUGGUCGGUCCUGCGGCAUCCCUGCUGCGGCAGUACUCCAACCUGCGGCCCGUCACUGCUGAUCUGCGGCACCUCUUCUCCGGCACCCCACUUCUGCGGCUCUACACCACCGCAGCCUGGAACACAAACACCACGUGGCCCGAGGUCAACCUGGCAGAUCUGCUGCGUCUGGCACUGGUGUGGCACCUGGGAGGGAUGUACGUCGACACGGACGUCGUGUGCAUCAGAGACGUCACUCGACUCGUUGACGUCAUCGGCUGGCAGGAGACGUCAACGCUGGGCUCAGGUGUCUUCCACCUCAGACGUCACCAUCCUUUCUUGCAGAGUGUCAUGCAACGCGUUGCUGACGGAUACCAGACGAACAAGUGGGGCUGGAGCGGCCCUCUCGCCUUCACCCAGGUGAUGCUGCAGCUGUGUGGUGGUGCCAAGGGUCUGGUGCCAGGUGGUGGUGGUGCCAAGGGUCUGGUACCAGGCCGGGCAGGCAGGUGCCAGGGCAUCGAUCUCCUGCCCAUCAUAGCCUUCUACCCUGUACCCGCCAGCGUAUGGAAGACACUCUUCAUCCCUCAAGCACCUCGUCCUGUUACUCAGCGGUACCCUCGCUCCUACAUGAUACACACCUGGAAUCAACUGAGCUAUCGCCGGCCGAUCGUCAAAGACUCUGGCAGUAUCUACGACCAGGCAGCGCGAGCUUUCUGUCCUGUCACCCACGCCUUUGCUACCGCCUACAACACGGUCUACUGACCCUCCGUCAGGGUCUCGGAACACCACCAUCUACUGACAAUACUACUACCCGGACCUACCUCAAAAGAUUUGAGUACUAUCUACGUAUUAACCCUAUAAACUAUGGCUAUUCAGCCCUACGUAAGGGAUCUGAGCAACAUCGUUUACUAAGCCUACCACUCCGUAUGUGAGAUAUUAUAUACAUCUCUCUAGGCAUACAAGAGGAUGAUAUUUAAUAUUUUUUUAUCUGCAGUUAGACAAUAGUCACUCAGUUAUUUAGAAAGAGAUUGAAGGAAUAUUAA